AGAGAGAGAGAAAGAAGAGAGAGAGAGAGCGAGCGAGAGAGAGACGAAGGCGAGGGUUUCCUCUUCUCCUGCUCCUCCUCUCCGCCCCCCCCCCCCCCUUCCCCCCAUUUCCCUCCCUUUUUCGGACGCUUACAGAGCGAACUCCUUCUCUCUUUACUCUCGCUUUUCGUUCAUUUCACCAUCUCAUUGAGCGAGCGAUUGAGAGGGAACGAGAGAAGAGAAACACAGAGAGAUCUAAGCCGUAGUUGCGGCCAGGAACUCGAUUCCCGGCCAUCGAUCUCUGGGCUCCGAUGAGAUCGACGGCGGAAAGAUGACACGAGUUAGCUAAGUGCCGUCUGUUGACCGUUCAUUUCCCGUAUUCGAGCGGAUUUGCCUCCCGGAGUGCGCUUUAGAGCUACUUCUUCUGAUGCAUAAAUGGGAAUGGAAAAUGAAAGCCAGGCCUCUUAAGUAGUGAAAUGGCCUCUGCAAUGUAGCAAGAUUUCUCUUCCUUUCGGUAUCUACUUUGAUAUUUUAGUGGUUUGCACGGGAGGAUAGCAAGUACCAACUGUGAGAUCUACUUCAUGUUCAUUUCUGCAACCAUCCGUCCUUCCCUCAGUGAAGUAGGGCCAACAUUGGAGUGCAGCACCCAACUGGGAGCAAAACCUUUUGUUGGUGACUUCUCUUCUGGUGAGAGGGUUUUCUGCUUUCUAUGUCUCCUAAUUUAGAGAGUCCUGUUCAGACCCAAAUGGCAGUUGCAGUCCUCAAGAGUCCUCUCGGCGGUGAAUACCAUGGCAAACAAAGUGAAAGGAAGCCGGCUGGGCGGAGGCGUGUGUUUGUUCAAACUGACACUGGAUCUGUUUUAGGAAUUGAACUGGAGAGAGGUGAUAAUGCCCACACUGUGAAGAGGAAAUUGCAGUUAGCUCUGCAUGUGCCAACAGAAGAGAGCUCGCUCACAUUUGGAGAUCUUAUAUUAAAAAAUGAUCUCAGUGCUGUAAGAAAUGAUGUUGCACUGCGACUGACAAAGAAUGUCAUGCAUAGGAGCUCUUCUAUGCCCUGUCUGUCACCCACUGGUAGGGAUCUCCAACACAGAGAUCGAAGUGGUCCCAUUGAGAUACUGUGCUGUGCUGAAAAAUGCUCCAAAACCAAACAGUUGGUUAAGGAGGCCAUCGUGGCAAUAAAAAAUGGGAUAGAUCCAAUUCCUGCCAAUGGUGGCCUUGGUGGUGCUUACUAUUUCAGAAACCCUAAAGGUGAACGUGUUGCUAUUGUGAAACCAACUGAUGAAGAACCCUUUGCUCCCAAUAACCCGAAAGGUUUUGUUGGUAAAGCUCUUGGUCAGCCAGGUCUAAAGAGGUCUGUGAGAGUGGGUGAGACGGGGAUGCGAGAAGUUGCGGCUUAUCUUCUUGAUUAUGACAAUUUUGCAAACGUUCCACCUACUGUGCUUGUGAAGGCUACUCAUUCAGUUUUCUGCAUCAAUGAAGGUGUUGACAGCAACCGAAUCCAGAACAGAAGGCAGGUUAGCAAGAUUGCUUCUUUCCAGCAGUUUAUACCCCAUGAUUUUGAUGCAGGCGACUACGGGACAUCUAGUUUCCCUGUUUCUGCUGUGCAUAGGAUUGGGAUAUUGGAUAUCAGAAUCUUAAAUACAGAUAGACAUGCAGGUAAUCUAUUGGUGAAAAAACUUGAUAAUGUUGGAAGGUUUGGACAGGUAGAACUCAUCCCAAUUGAUCAUGGGAUGUGCCUUCCUGAGGACCUGGAAGAUCCAUAUUUUGAAUGGCUGCAUUGGCCUCAGGCAUCAAUUCCAUUUUCAGAUGAUGAGCUUAAGUACAUAGAAAGGCUUGACCCAAUAAAGGAUGCAGAGCUGCUCAAAGCAGAAUUGCCAAUGUUUCGGGAGGCAUGCUUACGUGUUCUCAUUCUAUGCACCAUUUUCUUGAAGGAAGCAGCAGCUUUUGGGCUAAGCCUUUCAGAGAUAGGUGGCAUGAUGAGCCGUGAGUUUCAUGGGAUGGAAGAAGAGCCUAGUGAACUUGAGUUAGUCUGCGUUGAAGCAAGAAGGCUUGUGGAUGAGGAGUCAUUAUCUGAUGAAGUUGAUGAAGAAGAAGAAGAAGAAGAUGGUUCAGAGAAUGACUUAGAACAAUUUCAGUUCCAUAUUGACUGUGAAGAGGACUUCAGUCAGACAAAACAGUCAAAAGUUAACUAUCGGAACGAAACACGAAUUGGUUCUUUCUCUGUUCCUAGCUUGAACAUUGGAUUCAAACAUUUUCCGCCUUCAAGUUUUGUCUCUCCAAAAGGUGGAAGUCGCCGGAGCCCUCUGUCAAAGUUGGACGAGAGCCCAGAGGAGGACGAAAUGGAGGCUGAAGUAGAAGAAUCGGCAACAGUUUCCGGACAAAAAUCUGCUGUCCAUAAACUCUCAACAUCCUUCAAAUGCAUUGGCAUCACUGGUAAGCAUCAGCGUCAUGGAGGUGUUCGAGGAGACUGCUCCUCUUCUGGUAUGAACAGAAGAAGUGCAGAGGAACAGGUCCAAGCUGGGGCAAGCUUUGUAAAACUUUCGGAUAUGAGUUCACAGGAGUGGGGGGCAUUCCUACGCAAGUUCAAGGGGCUACUAAAUGAUGCUUUUGCAAAUAGGAAGGAUAUGAGCAUGAACCAGAGGCAUAGGCUGGGUACUUCCUGCCAGUUUUGAGAGAGAGACCCGCAGAAGGUCUGUUGGUGUUGUUCUGUGUGUACAAAAAUAAUGUUUGAAGAAUGGCAAUUUUAGUACUAGAUAGCAAGCUAGCUACGUUCUGUUUUAGUUGCAGAAUGAAGAGUAGUUAGGUGGUCGUAGAAGCGAGAUGGGUUCUGCUGCUGAUGUUCAUGGGUGUAAAUAUUCUUUUCUAGGUGUCACGGGAAGAGGUGCUUCAGUGUCAGCCAAGUGGAUCCUCCUAGGAUUUCUCUUUCUAGCACUUCUGCUUUUUUUACUCUCUUUUUACUUUUCUAUGACUACCUUUGGCCAGAUGAAAACCUUAUGAAUAAGCUAGAAAAAGGAUUGUACAAAGUUCAAAAAAUAUCAAGAGUGCGGAGCUUUAGAGACUUGAGAAAUUUUAUGGAUUUAUGAGUUGCAUUAUCUUGUUCCA